UCUUGAUUGGCAGUCCAGCCUCCCUUGCGCAUCUCAAAUCCCACCGGUCACCCCACCGUCUCAAAACUACAUUUCAAGAUGUCUUUCCAGAAGCCUGAGAAGGAUUUCGGCGAGGGCCCUAAGGUCCACAAGAUCCGUAUCACCCUCACCUCUCGCAAGGUCGCUUCCCUCGAGAAGGUGUGCUCGGAGCUGAUCGACCGUGCUCGCUCCAAGUCCCUCCAGGUCAAGGGUCCCGUCCGUCUUCCCACCAAGACCCUUCACAUCUCCACCCGUAAGACCCCCAACGGUGAGGGUUCCAAGACCUGGGACAAGUACGAGAUGCGCAUCCACAAGCGUCUCAUCGACCUCCUCGCCCCCACCGAGACCGUCAAGCAGAUCAUCAUCAACAUCGAGGCUGGUGUUGAGGUUGAGGUCACCAUUGCUGCUUAAACAAAUCCCUCACCUCUUCCUUCACUGGAUACGGUUUGGGUUCGUGACAGGGGUGGCGCGGACGAUGAGGUUAUGUUUUGUGGUGCUGCUGCGGCCGUGCUAGGCAUUCGUCGAUACCCGCCAGUUCCUGGCUUGAAAAUGAAAAAGUUCAAAAAGCAGUAAAUUAUUUUUCUUAUCGGAGUGAAUGAUUGUAUGGAUUGUAGUGUAGUGUAUUGGUAUCAAAACUAGCAGUGAUUUAACUGCUUCCGUUGUUCCGUGUGAGAAUUUCCCGCCUGGACGCCCAAUCCGUCCGUUAAUAAUG